GAUGAGCUAAAAGAAUGUACCAAUAACAACGAGCGCUCACUCAACUGUUGAGUCCGCUGGACCCAGCCAUUGGGUGCAUCUAGAAGCGAUGACCGCUCACUGAGCGCUCAGUAAGCUCUUGCAUCUGAUUGGUAUAUUCCGUUAGUACUAAAAAUAUAGACCAAACAGGUCACAAAAGCUCACUGAGCGCUCAGUGAACGAUCGUGUUUCUGGAUACACUUAUUGUAGAUCCGGGCUUACAUAAUCGAUAUUCAGUUCUAUAAAAAACGCUGCAGUAUACGCUUUUUACACUAGUUCAGAAAGUUCAGUUCAGCGAUAACGAACAAACCUCGCAAAACAGUUGGAAAGCUGUUUUGUCUGCUGAACGCAGCCAUAGCUUCGGGCGCGGGGCGCCUCAUGUCGCGGGUUAACAACAAUCGGCGAGACGCGGUUAGACACGGCCGUGAGAGUGAACGUCAAUAAAAUUACGUUUGGCAUUCACGCUUUUACUGUUUAUAACCGUCUUCGUGCAGUACAUCGUGUGUUUAAUCCCCGACGAUGAGCGCCGAGGAAGAAGUGCUGCGUAUCCAGAAAAAGCUCAACAAAAUGUCGAGUGGUGACGGGACGGGUCAAGAACAGGCUUUGGAAUUACUUAAGAUACUUCAAAAAUUACCUGUUGACUUGGAGCUUUUGACUAAGACACGCAUUGGAAUGACUGUGAAUGCCUUGAGAAAAUCAAGUAGGGAUGAGGAAGUUAUUUCUUUAUCAAAGACUCUUAUUAAGAAUUGGAAAAAGUUUCUAUCAGGAUCGAAUAAAGAGAAAGAUUCAACAUCGUCAAGUAGUUCAAAAAAGAAGGAUGAGAAGCCAGAUAAAGCAAAGGAAGAGAGCGAUCACAAAAAAGAAAAAGAUAUUAUGGAUGUCGAUGUAAAAGUGAAGGAAGAAAAACCUUUCAAAGACAUUCAAAGGAAACAGUCGUCUUUUCCUCCUCCUACCACAACAGAUGCAGUUAGAUUAAAAUGCAGAGAACUACUAGCGUCAGCUUUACAUGUUGAUGGAAAAGUUAUCGAUGGUUGUGCCAGUCCAGAAGAGUUAGCAGAAGAAUUGGAAGAAGCAAUCUAUGCAGAAUUUAAAAAUACUGAUAACAGAUACAAAAAUAGGGUUCGCAGCAGAGUUGCCAAUUUGCGCGAUGUAAAGAAUCCUAAUCUCCGGACGAACUUUUUGGUAGGUGCGAUCACGCCCGCUAGGUUAGCGGUAAUGACGGCAGAAGAAAUGGCAAGUGACGAGAUUAAACAACUACGUGAGCAAUUCAAGAAAGAGGCCAUCAAUGACGCACAACUUGCCACUGUGCAGGGAACCAAGACCGAUUUGCUCAAAUGUGGUAAAUGCAAGAAGCGCAACUGCACGUACAAUCAGGUGCAAACGCGUUCUGCCGACGAACCGAUGACUACUUUCGUGUUGUGUAAUGAGUGUGGAAAUCGAUGGAAGUUCUGUUAAGCUAUUGUUUCUUGAUCUAUAUUGUCGUGACAAAAUGUAUAUUUUAAUCAGCUUGAAAUUCACUAUUUAUAAGUUGAAUUAAACAUCAUGAUAUAUAUUGCGAUUUUUUAUU